UAAUGAAGUCCUCCUCACAAUUAAACGCAUACAAAAACAUCACGUUCUUUGGAGGGCCUAAUUUUCAUUUUUCGCGUUCUUUCAUCACGAGGACUUGCUAUCCUCGAUUUAGGUCAAUGACCUAACACCACAUGGGUUAUUGGCCACACGGUAACAUGGGCCCAAGCCUGUAAGUAGUCCUAAUUUAUUACCUCAUAUUGUUCUAGUGAUAUUGGGCCCAAUGCACAGUACAAAUUUUGCAAGGGCUAAAAACUGACAAAUCAAAGUACCUAAAGAAACGUGAAAACAUGGAAUUGUUGGUCUAGUCCCCAAGUACUUACACCAAGUAAACAAAGUUCUUUUCAAGUUCUUGAGAAGGAUUUGCAACAAGAAUCAUCAACGUACAAGAAAUUCCCUAGCGAUAUAUUCAUAGUGAAUGUUAGAGGCGUAAAAACCUUCAAAAAGAUGGAAUCGCUCCUUUUGCGAAUGACUUCAUUUUUCUUACUAACGGUACUGAUUAGGAAAGCAUCCAGCUUAUCCACCCUAGAGAGCUAUCUUUACCAACUUUCUGACAAGCGGAACGAAUCAUUUUACCUUACGAUAUUGCAUCAAAACGACAUUCAUAGCCAUUUUGGUUUGAUAAGUAGGUACGGUUAUAAAUGCGUUGACCCCAAACGGAAAACCUGCUACGGUGGAUUUUCAAGAGCGGUGCACUACGUGAAGGACAUAAUCGAAAACGAUCAAUUCUCGAAGAAUCUCCUCAUCGUGAGCUCCGGCGACUUUUUCAAGGGUAACCAGUACUACUCAGAGUUUAAAUGGCAACUCAUUGUAGACAUGAUCCAGCACAUGCCGUACACAGCGCUCACGCUAGGGGACGCCGAGUUCACGGACGGUAUCGACGGUCUGGUGCCGUUUCUGCGCGCCAUCAGCGAGAUAUUCGUCUGCACCAACAUUGACUUUAGCGGCGUCGCCAACGUGACGCUGCAAGAGGAGCUGCGCCGCCUCUGUCCCAGGCACCGCAUUGUCUCCUACGAUAGCCUGCUUGGCCCGCGGCAUGUAUGCCUACUCGGCUACACCACCCCGCUGACACAGAAGUUGAUGUUCGACAAGUGGGCUCAUUUCGAAAACGAGGAGGAGGCGCUGACGCGUGAGAUCAAGCAGCUGCGCGCUGCCAGACCCGAGGUCAAAAUAUUCGUAGCACUCGGUCACUCUGGCUACGAGCGUGACAAGCAGAUCGCCCACCGCGUGCCCAGUCUGGACGUCAUCAUUGGCGGGCACUCGCACACCCUUCUGUGGCCCAACAUCCGCAAUAGGCAGGUGGCAGGCGUGCCGGACGACCCUCACGACCAGCAGUUUGCCAAGGACGUCUACCCGACCACGGUCAUCCAGCCCAGCGGCCGGGUGGUGCUCAUCGCGCAAAUGUACAAACACGGCAAGUACCUGGGCGUGCUCAACGUCACAUUCAACGCCGAUGACGAGGUGACCGACUUCUAUACGGGGCCCGUGCUGCUCACCGACGAGAUGUCUGCCGACGCCGAGACAGAAAAGUCGCUCGACAAGUAUCGCCAGGAGAUGCGCCGACGGCAGCAGCAGGUGAUCGGUAGCACACGGGUCGAGCUGGUCGGCAGCGUCCAGGAAUGCACCUACACAGAGUGUAACCUGGGAAACCUAAUGACAGACGCAAUGUUGUGGCAUGUGCGUCACUACGGCACCGGCAUGCCUCAUACGUUAGCGGCGGUCGUAAACGCCGGCGCCAUCAAGCGAGGCAUCAAGCCGGGCAAGUUUAAAAUGGCCGACAUUACAGCAUCGCUGCCCUACCCGGAUACUCUAAACAUCGUCAAAGUCAGAGGCUCCACCGUCCGGAAAAUGCUCGAGCACAGUCUCGAUGAGAACAAGGAAGGCAUUUUUCUACAGAUCUCCGGCAUGCGCGUGCGUUACAACAUGACCAAACCAUUAGGCGAGAGAGUCGUAUCAGUGCGCAUCUUAUGCCAGACUUGUGUGACACCAGAAUAUGAGCCGCUCAACGAUACGGCCAUCUACCACAUCGCCAUGUUCACGUUCCUAGCCGUGGGCAACGACGGCUUCACCAUGCUCAAGCAGGAGAUGCUUUCAUCGCAGCAGCGGCACGAUGUCAGUCUCGACAUCGUCCUCACCUACGUACGCCGCUUCUCGCCGCUUCACCCCUACUUAGACGGCAGGAUUAAGAUCGUGACAGAGCCGGUGUUGAACAACACGGCUCCCAAGCAAUACAGCUCCCGGACCAUGUGGGUGGUGGCGGUCGCGGCCGGCGGCGCCGUGCUCUCGGCAAUGCUACUCGUGUAGCGGUGAGAGCUCGGUACAGCAUGAUGCACAGUGCGAUGAGACCGGGACGAAGGGUGGUGUUAUCCUAUGUUAGGAUUCGCCUGAUGUGUGUCCACUUGCCCAAAUCGCCCGCGCGCAUUUGGUGUGCCUAGAUAGGCAAUCGAGGCGAAUGCAGACACUGUCUAUCUGAUGUUAAGUCUUCAGCCGUGAGUUGUUCGUUCAUGUCGAAUGCGGUUUCCUUUGUGUUCUUAGUGAGGCAGUCCGAUUCUUCAGGUACAUUCGGUGCUGCCACUGUUGUCCAAUGUCUAUUGUUUGAUCGUUUCUUUUGGCUUGCACACGGCAGUAAUUACAGUGUUAUUGUCCA